AUGGCAGCAACAGGUCUUGGGGCCUCCGGCGUCCAGCUGCUGAUGACUGCAUCAAGGGUCGCCUUGAUUGCAGCGAUCUUUGAAACGAAGAAAUGGCUGAACCUUUCAACCACAGCAGCCAAGCAGCCAGCCGACGAAGCAAAAGCAAAACACGAGAAGAAGAGAGAAAAGCAGAAGAAGCCAAAAAAAAAAAGCCGAGAAAGCAAGAGCAGAAAAGAAGAAGACGAAGAAGUAAAACGCCUAAGAAAGACAGGUGUACUGGAAGAAACAGGAAGAAGCCGUGUAAGCAAGAGCAGAAAAAGAAGACCAAGAAGAACGCCUACUGAAGACAGGUACAGUUACAGUACAGGUAAAGCGGAAGAAAGAAGAAGAAGACAAGUACCCGAACAGGACGAGGGCGUGAAAGAACAUGAGGAAGAAGAAUCAGAAGAAGAAGGCGAAGAAGAAGAAGAAGAAGAUGAAGAACACCUACUGAAAAAAGAUACAGUGGAGGAAAAAAGAAGAAUACGAGGACGCGGAAAUGACAAGAGCGAGAAAAAAGACGAGGGAGGCGUCAAGAGAAAAGCAGCAGACAACGAGAAGAUGAAGAAAAAGCUGAGGAAGCAAGAGCAGAAAAACGAGUGAAAGAAGAACCAGAAAAUCUAUUGGAUGACCAGAACUUAAGGCAAACGAGGAAAAAACCGCUAAUGAGAAGAACGAGAAGACAAAAACCUACUGAGAAAAUCGAG